AAAUAAAACACCUAACCUGUUAGUUGAGGUCAAAUUUAAGUUUGAAAAUGUCAAAAAGAAAUAAACAAGAUGUUUUCGACGAAAACAAAGAUGAACACAAUGACUUGAUGAAUUCAAGUAAUCUACGCAAAAGAGAAUACAUAAUCCCUAUACAAAUUGAAAAUACAAACACACAACAUGCGCAAAAAAAAGAUUUGCCUAGACAGGAUGUGAGAGGAAGUUCCAAAACUGAUUUUGGUUCACAUGUUGAAAAGACUGAAAUUGAUGAUCAAAUAUUCAGUUCCCCACAGCCUUUUAAAAGUCAAGAAUUAAAAAUAACACCAUGUAAAUCUAAUACUCAUUUUACUAGUGAACAUGUUGACUUAAUUCCCUCAUUUGUACCUGGCCAACCAUAUAGAACUCGAAAGGAAACUACUACAGAAGAUACAAAAGCAGUUGAUGAGAAGCAGAAAGCAAUUAAUUGUGCUUUAAAUGAGGUAUGUCACAGUUAUCAGUCAGAAUCCAAUGAACCCAGUAUAUGCAGUGAAAAAUCAAAAUAUAAUAUAAAGUCUUUAUUAGAGGUUGUAACUGAACAGGAUAAAUUCUUCAAAAUUUAUACUGAUUAUAAGGGAAGGUAUGAUGGAUCAGUGGAUAAUAUUUUAAAAACAAUAGGAAAACCUCACAUUAAGGAAAAAAUAAUAUUUAUAAUCGAUACUGGUAGAGAUGAAAAUAGUACACCAUUUUUAAUAAAAGAAGGAGUAGUUGACACAUUGUCUUUAAUAAAAUAUAAGUUAAAGAAAUAUGUGGAGCUUAAAAGUGGUGAAAUAAAAUACCAUGAGUUUGCCAUAAUAUUACUGAAUGCAAAUGCUGCAAAUAUGUAUUUAGAUUUUACAGAUAAUUUAGACCUUAUUAAAUCAAAAAUUUCAUCUAUUAAUGAAUGUUCAGAAGUUGAAGAUGUUUUCAAUUUCAAUCAAGUAUUUGAUAUACUUAGAAACAUCCCUUCUCCAAAUAUUGAUCAGAAGGGAUCAGAAUUACUGGAAUACAUAAUACAUCCAAUUAUGUUCUUCCUUCGAUCGUACACAAUCCCAGUGUAUGAUAAAGAAGAGUACAAAGAUCUAUUGAAUGCUGAACACUUUUUCUUAGAUAUUAUUUUGUCCCAUGAAAUUGUUGGGGCAGAAAAUAAUGUUAAAAUCAUAUGUGAUAAAUUUCAGGACAUGUUGAACAAAAAUGGAAGUUUAAUACCAAUUGGUCGAAAUCUGAAAAGAUUACAUCAUGCAUUUAAUAGAGCGUUUGGAAACCCAUACCAAAGAGCUUUACAAAUUCUGAAAGACUAAACAUGGUUUUAUUUUCAUGUUUUUGUUUUCUAUUGUUUUUAUGAAACUGUUUGAUGAUAAAUAUUCCUGUGGAUCAUUUUAGUUUUCAGAGUUUAAAUAUGUUUAAUUUACUAAUUUAUUGUUAAAAUUUAUGUUUUUAAUUUUAUAACCAAUAAAUACAUUUAUAAA